CUUGAUCAGGUCAGUUGCUGAAGGACUCGCAUUUGAAGCAGAGGAGAAAGAGAAAGCAAGUUCCCCGGGUCAGCCCUGUGAGUGGGGGCUGGCGAGCUGGCUGCGGCUGCCAAGUCAAGUAGCCGCCUCAGCAUGGAGGGCCCUGCCAGCCCAGCACCUGCCCCCGGGGCGCUGCCCUACUACGUGGCCUUCUCCCAGCUGCUGGGCCUGACCGUGGUGGCCAUGACUGGUGCCUGGCUUGGUAUGUACCGAGGCGGCAUUGCCUGGGAGAGUGCCCUGCAGUUCAACGUGCACCCGCUCUGCAUGGUCAUAGGCCUGGUCUUCCUGCAGGGAGAUGCCCUGCUGGUUUACCGCGUCUUCAGGAAUGAGGCCAAACGCACCACCAAAGUCCUGCACGGGCUGCUGCACGUCUUCGCCUUCGUCAUCGCCUUAGUGGGCCUGGUGGCGGUGUUCGAGCACCACAGGAAGAAGGGCUACGCCGACCUGUACAGCCUGCACAGCUGGUGCGGCAUCCUGGUCUUCACGCUCUUCUUCGCGCAGUGGCUCGUGGGCUCUAGCUUCUUCCUGUUCCCGGGCGCCUCGUUUUCUCUGCGGAGCCGCUACCGCCCGCAGCACGUCUUCUUCGGCGCCGCCAUCUUCCUGCUCUCGGUGGCCACCGCCCUGCUGGGCCUGAAGGAGGCGCUGCUGUUCGAGCUCGGGACCGAGUACAGCACGUUCGAGCCCGAGGGCGUCCUGGCCAACGUGCUGGGCCUGCUGCUGGCCGCCUUCGCCACGGUCGUACUCUACAUCCUGACCCGCGCCGACUGGAAGCGGCCCCUCCAGGCGGAAGAGCAAGCGCUCUCCAUGGACUUCAAGACGCUGACGGAGGGCGACAGCCCCAGCUCCCAGUGA